CUCCUCCUCCUCCUCCUCCUCCUCCUCCUUUAUCCUCGCAAUAUUAUUGCCGCCAUGAGCGGGUCUGCCAUGUUCGGUGUCCUGUCGGGCAUCGUGAGUUCCACAUCGGAUGCCAGCGGCCGCAUGGAGAAGUUCUCGGAGUUGGUGAAGACCUUAGUGAACCAGCACGACGUGCAGCAGCUGAAGGAUUUGGUAGACUGCAUGUUGGCCGAAGAGUCCACGUUCGCUCUUUUCGCAAGGCCCGUCUUGCAGCAGGUGGCAGAGCAGAUGGACAAGCUUAAGAACCCAGAGCUGAAGGAGCUUGGCCUCCACACGCUCGAGAGGCUCAGGGGCAGGGUCGUGUCAUUCGAGGAGGAGGACUUUGUCAUCCGGGAGCUGCUGAGCGAGGUGUUCCAGGCAGAGGGUGACUGGAACGAAGCGGCGAAAUGCCUCGCCGCUAUCAAUCUCGAGACGGGCACUCGGUGCCGCACCCCUCUGCAGAAAGCCGAGAAGUAUGUGAAGAUUGCGGAGCUUUACCUGGAGGACGAGGACCCCGUCGCUGCGGACACCUUCUGCGCCCGGGCUGCUAUGGUGAUGCACGAGGUCGAGGACGUUCCACUGAACCUGCGGUUCAAGGUCUGCCAUGCUCGCAUCAUGGACAGCAAGCGGAAGUUCCUGGAGGCGGCGUCAAAGUACUGCGACCUGUCGCAGCAGACCCUGAACGGCCAGGUGCAGGAGGAGGAUCUCCUCAUGCUCCUGAAGAGCGCCGUGACGUGCGCCAUCCUCGCCCCAGCGGGCCCACAGCGCUCCCGGAUCCUGGCGCUGCUCUGCAAGGACGAGCGCAUCAGAAGCGUGGAGCACCACGAGAUUCUGCACAAGAUGUUCUUGGAGCGGCUGAUCCGAGGUAGCGAGAUCCAGAAGUUUGAGCAGUCGCUGGUGCCGCACCAGAAGGCCCUGCUCGCGGACGGGCAGACCGUGCUCGAGAGGGCCGUGCUGCAGCACAACGUGCUGGCGGCGUCCCGCGUGUACAAGAACAUACGGCUGCUUGACCUGGGGCAGCUGCUGGAGGUGCCGCCAGACCGGGCCGAGAAGAUCGCGGCCAAGAUGAUCGCCGAGAGGCGGCUCGGCGGCUUCAUCGACCAGAAGGGCGGGACCAUCCACUUCCAGGGCAGCGACGAGAAUCUUGAGCAGUGGGACCGGCACAUCAGAAACGUCUGCAGCCAGGUGAACUCGGUCUUCCUCAAGAUCAAGGACCAGUCCGCGAUGAAGGACGUCUAGAGUCUAGAGGGGCCAGGCUGGGGGGUUCGCCGCGGGCGCGGGCCUGUACACGUGGCGGCUGCCCUUCAGCGG